AUGGAGCCUGCUGCAUUGUCUUGCAUGCUUCUAUCAAUUCUUGUGGUGGCAACAGUGCAGCAGGGCCUCGCGGCGGCGUCGCCUCCCAACAUUCGCGCCGUCAACCUUGGGGGAUGGCUGGUGAUCGAAGGAUGGAUGACAAUGUCCUUGUUUGAUAAAAUUCCAAAUAACAAUGAUCUCUUGGAUGGGACCCAAAUCCUGCUCAAAUCUUUGAAACUGGGGAAGUAUGUGUCUGCCGAGAAUAGCGGUGGAGGCAAGAUGGUUGUCAACAGGCAAAACCCAUCCAGCUGGGAGACAUUCAAGCUAUGGCGAGUAAGCAGCAACAGAUUCUAUCUCCGUGUAUCCAACAAUAUGUUCGUGUCGGCUCUCAAUGGAGGCGGAAGUACAGUCGAUUCGACCAAAGACACCCCUAAGGAAUGGGAAACAUUUAAAAUCGUUCGCAAUAAAUCUCUAGUUCACAUCAAAACUUUCAAUGGCAGAUACUUACAAGCCAAGGAUGAGAGCCAGCUGACCGCGGAUUACAGUGGCGAGCCCGGGUGGGAUAAUAACAACCCUGCUGUAUUUAUCAUGACUGUCAACACUGCUCUUCGAGGAGAGUUUCAGCUGGCCAAUGCCUAUUCCAGAGCUCCUCAGCAAGUCUUUGACAGACAUCGAAACAACUUCAUCACAGAAGGCGAUUUUCAGUUCCUUGCUUCCAAGGGAAUCAACGCUGUCCGGAUUCCCGUUGGCUGGUGGAUUGCAUACGAUCCCAAUCCACCGAAGCCGUUCGUUGGAGGAUCCAUGAAAGCUCUAGACAACGCAUUUACAUGGGCUAGCAAACACAACAUCAAAGUUAUUAUUGAUCUUCAUGCGGCACCUGGAUCACAGAAUCCCGAGGAUCACAGUGCAAGUCGGGACGGAGUUUCAACGUGGAGGCAGGAAGAGAAUAUCGCUCAAACGCUCGAAGUCAUCGAUGUUCUUGCCUCCAAGUACUCAAGUCAUCCGGCUCUAUUAGGCAUCGAGCUUCUGAACGAGCCUAAUGCUGCCAAUGUUGAUCUCGACACCCUCAAAAGUUACUACAAACAAGGAUACCAAAGAGUUCGAAGCAAGAGCCCUAAUGCUUACGUGAUCAUGUGUCAGAGGCUUGGAAGCGAUCCAAUGGAGCUUGUCAACGCUCUAGACCCUGGCUCCACAAAUGUGGUUCUCGACGUUCAUUACUACAACUAUUUCACUGACGAGUUCAAAGGCAAAACUAUCCAGUGGCACAUCAAUUACAUCAACAACGAGAGGAAAUCAGACAUUGCACGACUGAAGAAUGCAAAAAACGCUCCUCUGAUCUUUGUUGGGGAAUGGAGCAACCAGGUAGACGUCCCUGGUGCAACCGACGACGACUUUACAAGAUAUGGCACUGCACAGCUUACAGUAUACAAAGACGCAUCGUUUGGAUGUGGAUUCUGGAGUUUCAAAACUCUUGAUGAAAACAUCCACUGGGACUUUAAGAGGUCUGUAGAGAAAGGACACCUUCGCUUGCCAUCGCUUGCCAUGAAGUAAAAGCCUUCCUCUUUAG